AGACUCGUGCAGGAAAGUCCAGAAGAAACCUAAAUCAUUUAGUCAUGAUGACUGUGGAGAAAGGUUUCUGCUCAGAGUUUAUUUAUAAUAAAGAUAAGACUGUCUGUGGGGGAGUGUGUGUGUAGGCUUUCAGGCAUAGAAUAAUACAUUCAGUUAAUAAUAAACAUAACAUAAUCCCUCCUGUUUAUCCGAAUAGGAUAACCAAACAAAAAGAAAACAAGAACAAAUAAAGUAAUCAAAACCUUCAAAACCUCUCGAUUCACUGCGCUUCUCUCUCCAGCUGCUCUCGGGCCCUGUCCACACGUAGCCGGGGAUCUGCCAAAACGUAGAUAUUUUUCUACGUUUUGGCCUGUCAUCCACACGAAAACGGAGUUUUUUCACACGAAAACGGAUAUUUUUAAAAACUCCGGCCAAAGUGAAGAUCUGCGUUUUCUCCGUUUUGGGUGUCUGCGUGUUGACGGACAAAACCGGAGUUUUAAGGUCCGCAACGUCACUUUCCGCGACAAAAAAUGCUGACAUCACGUGUGCGACCUGUGUUUACACUAGCCGGCAUCAUGGAAGCCCUCAGAGCUGCGCUCUGUCACUACCCGAUCCAUCAGUCGUCCAAGCGCUUUCUGCUUGUUUGUUUUUGCAAGUGGAAUUACUGCUCCUUGCGGAAGACCACAGACGAAGGACGAGGUUAAGAACGGGGGAAGUACUGCCGCCUACAGGUCUGGCAUGUCCAUAACAACGUAUUUAUCCGGGUACGUGUGGACAGAGUUUGUUUUUAAAACGCGGUGGUGUGGAUUCAAGUUUUUGGAGGGGCGGAUAUUCGUUUUCAAAAAACCCGGCUACGUGUGGACUAGGCCUUAGUCUGGCUUUUCAACUGUUUGUGCAGACCUCUUAAUCAGCUGAUGUGCACCAGCUGCCCUGUGGGGAGCAGCAGCAGGCCAAAGGGUUCCAGAUAAUGGCUCCCUCUGGUGGGGUAAUUUAGCUGGAUCAUGGGGUUCACCUCACAGGAUGAACAGAGGGAGAUAAACUCAUCAGCCCAAAUACAGGGGGCUGUAACAUGAGUGUGAAUUAGUCUCAUAAAAUGUUUAAAAAUAUAUGAUGAUCUCUAAUCAUUUUUGUCAGGCAUAUUUUUUGUUUCUCUGAGCAGAGACUGUCUAAACGUCAUGGUAGAAAAUAGUUUGCAUUUAGCAAAAAAUCAUGUUGAUGAGUUUAUUUUAAUUAUUCCAACAAGAAGUAUGUAAAUGCCAGAGCAGGUCACUACAAACUCCACAGACGGGAGGGGGGCAUUGUAGUUGUCACCUUUUUCCACACCCCGAGUUUGCAGGUAUGUUACCACCAGCGUAAUUAGCAGUCUUACUGUACUUACGCUUAUCCUUAGCCAGCAGUUUCAGGUAGGAUUUAAUGUCGCCCGCUCUGGCCCCAGGUAAACAUUUGACUAUGGUUGCUGGAGUCUCUGCCACGUUUCUGACUAUGGAGCUGCCAAUUACCAGAGUUGGGUUGUCAAUGGGUGCAUCACUGAGUGACCCCAGCAGGGUCUAAAAAAAUCCGGUCACAAUCUAUUUUUAUCUGCCAACGUUUACUGCAGUUACGUUAAUCACUUCAGACAAAAAGUUGGGUUGGGCAUCGUUUGAAUUUGAACGAUUCCCCUGUUUCAAUUCCAGUUCCUAACGAUUCCUGAUUCUUUCAAGGUCAAAAACAUUACAUUUUUCAAAUGAGCCAACUAACCACAGGUCCUACUUGGACUUGAAUUUUAAUUCUAUGAACAAUAACAUCACCUUUGUUUAGACUAAAACGUUUUCAAAAGAGAAACUAAAGAAAGACCGUCAGUGUGUUUAUUUCUGACCAUAACUCACAGCCUUCUACUCACAACCAAUGUGAAGAAGCCUCUAGGAUGAUAAGAAAAACGUCUUCAAGAUGACCAGAAAUGUCCAGCUGUUUUUAUAUUAAAGCUCAGGAUGAUCAUGUCCAGGAUGACAGAGAAUCUUCACCUAAUGCAGGAAAUGUGAGCCGAAGUGGAAGAAAUCUAGGUCACGGCCCUCAUUUUAAGACAUGAGGUCUGCAUGGUGUUCCUAUCAAAUGGCUGUAAAAAAGGUAAAAUCCACUUUUUUAUCUGAUAUUAUUAGCUCUGAUGAGCAUAGCCUAAGAGUACUAUUUUCUACCGUGGAUGAGAUUUGAAAUCCUUCGUGUGCAGGUGGACUUAAAGUCUCCUCGACUACUGCUGAGAGGUUUCUGACAUAAUUUAUAGGCAAAACUGAAACUAUUCAAGCUCAAAUUCCCCAGCAGUUUAGUUUUAUUGAUGAAGAAAUCUGUUUUGAUUCAACUAUUUUAAAUUCUUUUGACUCUGUAUCCCCAGAUAUGUUGGAUGAAAUUGUUGGAAGGAUGAAACCAUCCAGCUCUGCACUCGACAUCAUUCCUUCCUCUAUUGUUAAAAAUGUUUGGCCAGCUAUUUCAAAUAUGGUUCAUAAUGUAAUCAACUCUAGUCUGCAGUGUGGGCAAGUUCCAAAGAGUCUGAAAAGAGCUGUAAUCAAACCCCUUCUAAGGCUGGGCGAUUAAUUGAAUUUAAUCUCAAUUACGAUAUGGAAUUUUAACGAUCAUGAAAAGAAAAAAUCCCGAUUUUUUUGUUCCGUUCAUUUGUUUCCCCCGUGCUGCUUUGUGUGUAGACACUCUCUCACACUAGCCACGUUGUGUGAGGCACAACAUAACACAGUGCUGGAAGCCCGGGAGACUGUCAGACUGCUCUCCCCACAGCCACCCCCAUGUGUGCUCGUCUUCAGCAGCGGUGCUAAAGUUUCAAGCAAGGCUAGUGUGUUAGCAGUCACGCAGAAAAGAUGAGGGGGAGAUAAUGGCUGAAGAAAGACAACCGCUGGUGGAGAAAAAAGGAAAAAUCGUUUCUGUGAUGUGGAAACACUUCGGGUUCGAGGAAGCAUAUGUGUGUCAGCAAACAAUAAUAUGUAAAUAUUGCCUUGCUUGCGCCACAAAGAAACAUGAUAAAUCUUUUUAACCACUUAAAGUCAUCAAACAAAGUGAUAUACGAUCAGGCAAAGAAAGAACAAAUACAAGGAGUGCAGAAUUAUUAGGCAAAUGAGUAUUUUGUCCACAUCAUCCUCUUCAUGCAUGUUGUCUUACUCCAAGCUGUAUAGGCUCGAAAGCCUACUACCAAUUAAGCAUAUUAGGUGAUGUGCAUCUCUGUAAUGAGAAGGGGUGUGGUCUAAUGACAUCAACACCCUAUAUCAGGUGUGCAUAAUUAUUAGGCAACUUCCUUUCCUUUGGCAAAAUGGGUCAAAAGAAGGACUUGACAGGCUCAGAAAAGUCAAAAUAGUGAGAUAUCUUGCAGAGGGAUGCAGCAGUCUUAAAAUUGCAAAGCUUCUGAAGCGUGAUCAUCGAACAAUCAAGCGUUUCAUUCAAAAUAGUCAAAAGGGUCACAAGAAGCGUGUGGACUAACCACGGUGCAAAAUAACUGCCCAUGAACUGAGAGAAGUCAAGCGUGCAGCUGCCAAGAUGCCACUUGCCACCAGUUUGGCCAUAUUUCAGAGCUGCAAGAUCAUUGGAGUGCCCAAAAGCACAAGGUGUGCAAUACUCAGAGACAUGGCCAAGGUAAGAAAGGCUGAAAGACGACCACCACUGAACAAGACACACAAGCUGAAACGUCAAGACUGGGCCAAGAAAUAUCUCAAGACUGAUUUUUCUAAGGUUUUAUGGACUGAUGAAAUGAGAGUGAGUCUUGAUGGGCCAGAUGGAUGGGCCCGUGGCUGGAUUGGUAAAGGGCAGAGAGCUCCAGUCCCACUCAGACGCCAGCAAGGUGGAGGUGGAGUACUGGUUUGGGCUGGUAUCAUCAAAGAUGAGCUUGUGGGGCCUUUUCAGGUUGAGGAUGGAGUCGAGCUCAACUCCCAGUCCUACUGCCAGUUUCUGGAAGACGCCUUCUUCAAGCAGUGGUACAGGAAGAAGUCUGCAUCCUUCCAGAAAAAACAUGAUUUUCAUGCAGGACAAUGCUCCAUCACACGCGUCCAAGUACUCCACAGCGUGGCUGGCAAGAAAGGGUAUAAAAGAAGAAAAACUAAUGACAUGGCCUCCUUGUUCACCUGAUCUGAACCCCAUUGAGAACCUGUGGUCCAUCAUCAAAUGUGAGAUUUACAAGGAGGGAAAACAAUACACCUCUCUGAACAGUGUCUGGGAGGCUGUGGUUGCUAAUGUGGGAUUCAAGAAACUUGUCGAGACUUUAGAUAAAAGGUACGACUUUCCAUCCCGAAAUCAUUUCAGUCGAGUGUGUCUUCCUGCUCUUUAUGAUGAGUGUCGCCAGGGCGUUCUAAAGGACCUUGCUAAUGUUAAAUAUUUCGCCACCACUACCGACCUGUGGUCAAGCCAAACAAUGGAACCGAAUAUGAGCCUCACAGUUCAUUUUAUAGAUGCUGAUUUCAACAUGGAAACUAGAUGUCUACAGACGUCUUAUUUCUCAGAGGAUCACACAGGGCAGAACAUCGCUGCUGGACUGAGACAAGCGAUAGCUGCUUGGAACCUAGAUGAGGGGAAACUCAUCUGCAUGACCACAGACAACGCCCGCAACGUAACACUAGCUGCUCAACUCAACGGCUGGAUGAGGCUUCAGUGCUUCGGACACAGACUCCAUUUGGCCAUAGGUAAGCUGGAUAUGAUUUACGGAUGUAAUUGUUAGAAUCGAAUGAAAAAAAUUACCAUACAGUGUUUACAACCUCAGGCUAUGCAUGUCUAAAAAAACCUUCAUGAAAAUGCAGAGGCCAUCACAUUUUUAUUGUUUAAUUGUUUACAGUCAUUACCUACCUUUGUUGAUUUUUCCCACAUAAGUGUGAUAUUUGAGAUUUUGAUUCAUGAGUGAUAUAACUUGCUUUGACAUUUGAUUCAUUCUUCAACUAAAGGCCAGUAGUAGUUUAAUUAGGUGGCAAAGUGUUCUUUAUAUUUAUUCUGUUUAUUUUUAUACAGUGUAUUUUUGUACUUUUCAGUUGAACUUUAUAUCUCAAGACAAAGUUACUGUUUGUUUAGUAAUUUAUUUAUUCAAAAUGAAUCCGUUAUGAAUUAAUUAUAUGAAUGAAUACGUAAUCUGAAAGAUAUUCUUUCUCUCUCACACACACAAAUGACAGUCUUAUCUGUGGAUUGGAUUAUAACAAAUAAAUUAAAAUUAAUAUCUUAACAGAAUGUUCUUUUUUUUCCCAAUCACAGAGAGAGCCAUGAAAGAUGCUAGGAUUGAUAGGGCAAUUGGGGUCUGCAAGAAGGUGUUCAGCACCUUCUCCUACAGUUGGAAAAAGAAGAAGGAGCUGGCCAAGGCGCAGAAGGCCCUGAGUGUCCAACAAGAUGGGGUUCAAGGCAUGCAAUGGUUUCCAGAGUCCUCGAGCAGCAGAAGGCUAUUGCCCAGGUCCUCUCUCAAGACAGGGGAACCCGGCACUUCAUCCCCACAUGGCAGGACAUUGAUGUCCUUGAGCAAGACCCUGGGCCCUCUGGUUGAUUUCACCGAUGCUCUUUCUGGUGAAAAAUAUGUGAGUGUGUCCUUGGUGAAACCAACACUACAUCUCUUCAAUAACUCAAUCCUGGCAGACCAAAAUGAUGACAAUCAAGAAAAAAAUUCUGGACUACCUAAAUGAAAAAUACAAUGACCUACCAACCCAGGAGCUGCUAGACAUUGCCACUGCCCUGGACCCGAGGUUCAAGAUGAAGUACAGCAGUGAAGUCAGCCAGGAGUCAGUGAAAGCGAGAUUGACAAGAGAGAUGAAGGAGAUGACGGAGACUCCAGUGAUGCAGAUGCCUGCUGAAUCUGAUGACACAGAAGAAGCAAAGAAGAAGAGGAGGAAGAAGGGCCUCGGCAGUUUCUUCAAGGUCCCUGAGGGCACUUCUCCAGUUGGUGUGGAGCCUGCUUUGCAUCCAGAUGAGGCCAUAGCCUUAGAGCCACAGGCCUACCUCCAGGCAGUGACUCUUGACACUGAGGAAGACCCCCUGGAGUGGUGGAAGCAAUCCCCGAAGCUCUUUCCAAAGUUGUCCCUCCUUGCGAAGAAAUAUCUUUGCAUCCCAGCCACAAGUGCCUCUUCGGAAGGGGUCUUCAGCACAGGUGGCAAUAUUGUCACCUGUCUGCGUGCAUCUCUGACGCCAGAUCAUGUCAAUAGGCUUGUCUUUCUGGCUAAAAACCUUACAUAAAGAAAGAGUGUAAAAGUAAAGGACUUGAGCAUGCACAUUUGUUUUCUAUUUUAGUUGUUAAAGAUCAGUAGUUUAAGUCGUGGAAUUCAUUUCAUGGCUAAAUGUUCUUUAUAUUUAUUUUAUUUUCAUACACUGUGUACUUUUCAGUUGUUGAACUUUAUAUUUUAUAUUUCAAGACAAAGUUACUAUUUGAGUCCUUUUUAUGUAUACAGUAUUGUUUACAAUCAGUGGUGCCCUACUGGAUUGUCUUUCCCAGGUACCACACACUAAGAUUUACAUGCCUCAAAGUAACGUGUGAUGUUUGACCUUGAUUCAUGAAGGAUGACUGAAAAUAAAUAGCUUUUACAUUUCUUUUUUUUUUUUUUACUAUUGAAAGUAGUUUCAGUAGGUUGUGGAAGUUCAUGGCAAAAUGUUCUUUAUAUAUAUAUUCUAUUUUAAUACAGUGUGUUUUUGUACAUUUCAGUUGUUGUUGCACUUUACACAAAGUUACACUUUUAGUUUGGGAGAAUUAAGUCAGUUUUGCUAAAUGUCUGUAAAGCUACAGAUGAUAAAUGUUAGAAAGUCAAUUUUAUGUUCAAUAAUUGGCUUUAAUCACAGUUACUGAAUAAUUGUGUUAAAUAAUCGAGAUAUCAAUUUCAUUCAAAAUAAUCGUGAUUAUCAUUUUUGCCAUAAUCGUGCAGCCCUUAAGAAACCCGGUCUUGAUGUCUCUGUAUUAUCCAAUCAUCGACCGAUUUCUACGCUGCUAUUUCUUUCUAAGGUUCUUGAGAAAGUCGUUUAUAAGCUGGUUUCAGACCAUUUAGAUAAUAACAAUUUUAAGAAGUUUUUCAGUCAGCAUUUAGAACAAAGCAUAGUACUGAAACUGCGCUUGUGAGAGUAUUCAAUGAUAUUUACCAAUAUACUGAUGUGGGUGACAGUAUUUUUAUUACUCUUAGAUCUGACCGCUGCUUUUGAUACUCUUGAUCAUGUUAUACUUCUCAAUCGACUGGAGAAUUUUUUUGGUCUCUGGUUCAGCGCUCUUCUGGAUGAGUUUAUACCUGGCUGACAGGUAUGUGACUGUUAAGAUUGGCAUCUUCUUCUCAAGGUAUGCUCCCCUGAAAUAUGGGGUCCCACAGAGCUCUGUAGUAGGUCCUCUGCUUUUAUUUUAUGUUUGCUCCCUCUUGGGGCCAUCUUUAGGAAAUAUAAGCUUGACUUCCAUCUUUAUGCUGAUGACUGUCAGGUCUAUACUCCUGUUAAAGCUAAGGAUUUAGAUCUGAGUUGUCUUUGUGAGGAUAAUAAUUGUGUAUGGGUUGUAAUUUUCUCCAUAUUAUUGAGUCUAAGACUGACUUUAUUAUGUUUGCACCAAGUGGUGCUCUUGUAGUUACUCAGUCUCAUAUGAUGCAAAGGAUGAUGUGUCUAAUUUGGUUGUUAAGAAUGAUUCACAGCUUACAUUUGAUGUUCAAGUCAAUAAUGUGGUUCAAGUAUGCUUUUUUCACCUAAAGAACGUUGGUUACGUAUUGUAAUCCCAGCUUCUGAGUCUACUUGCAGCCCUUAAGCUAGCUGCUAUUGGAGCUAACCAGUUAGUUAUUAUUAGAUAUUUAUUAUUAUAAUGCAUUUAAUGCAUUUUGUUUAGACAACUGCAAUAGUCUUUACUUGGGUGUUGAUCAUGGGUGUAUUGCUAGGCUGCAGCUACUUCAAAAUGCUGCAACCCGCCUUUAGACUGGCACUGGUCGAUUUGAUCAUAUCAUUCCAGUUGUUGCCUCUCUGCCUUGGAUCCCAGUUAAGUUCUGUGUUCAAUUUAAGAUUUUGGUUCUGGCCUACAAAUGUGUAAAUAGCCUUGCUCCUAGCUCUUUAUCUGGAAUUCUAGUGCCAUAUAUCCCAUCUUGUGGAUUAAGAUCAGCUGUCCUAGUGAGCAGAACUAACUGUCUUCACAAGCUGCUGAUCUAGCAGCAUGAUGCUCAUUAUUAUUUUAUGGGUUAUAGACGAGUGUUGAUGCUCUGUGUUUGUAUUUCUGCAGUGAGCCUUACAAUCUCACCUCUUUCCACCCACAGUUUCUUCUUAAAACACGUAUUACGUUUAUCGUUUUUGAUGCAUUUUAACGAGCUUCCGCUGGGCCAUGAUUUCAUUAUAGGAUACAAACUUUACAGCACUCUCACAGAGUAAACGUUCGGCAGAUAUGUUUGUUUACAUUUUUGCCCCGCUACAGUGUUAGGGAAAGGAAGGGCGGGGCAUACGCGAUGCUGCUGUAAGGGUAUCUCUAGGCUCCACAGUAGCAGCGACGGAUGGCUGGUUUGACCGGCUCUGAGAGGCGCUAAUUAGAAUUUGCAGAUAGCAUUUUUUUCCUUCCACCACUCGCAUAGUGAUGUCUGGACUUAAAAGCAACUCAUUAGAUUCAUAGUUAUUUGUUAAAGUAUUGCAUUACCAUAAAUAGUAAUGUGUUUACUAGGGAUGAGCCGGAUACUCGUUUCAGACGAGCAUUUUUGACGAAUACGAGCAUGACACGAGUAAAAUGAGUCAAUAUCUGUAAUCGUGCUGAAGGAAAAUCCUCAUUGGGUAACUGACUGUCUUCACGCUCUGUUAUUGGCCAGUCACAAAGAGCGCCCGCCCCUCCCUACACACAAAACUGCAGCCGGCCGGGAGCGCAGUCCGGCUCAUCCACGCACAAACACAGACAGUAACGGAUCUCGCUGUGAUUGCUUCACUUUCUCACGUUUCUUCAGUUUUCCCUAGGUUUUCUUCAGCGGGCCUCUUUUUCGGUUGAAUAUUAAAAGUGACUUUUUUCGUAACUUACAUGGUGCAUUUGACAAGACAGAGCUGACGUGCUGUGUUAAGUCACUACCUCCGCUCCGGUCGGGUUUUUUAUUUUUUUGAUCUCUCUCUCUCUCUCUAUCUCUCUCUCUCUCUCUCUCUCUCUCUCUCUCUCUCACCCACCCCCACCCCCAAAUUCCACUACCUCCACUCCGGUCCGCAGCCGCUCGCUUCCGAACUCAGUUUUUACUGCUACCUGCCCUUACAACAGCUCCGCUCCGGUGCGGAGACCUGAGGUGGGCAAAUAAGCAUGCGCGGGAUUUUCGAGAUCUUGCGAUACAGUCCGAGCAAUAAACGCGGAAGUUAGAUCCAAACACCCGUUGUGUGGGAGAAGCAUCGAAAUGAACUGUUUAAUCUGCCUAUCAUUUCUGUUGAGAGAUCAGCAGUGUUUGGAUCAACAAAGUGUGACUACUUUGAUAGUGGAAACUGUAUUUAUGGCUUACUUUUGUGCAUUUAAACUUCAGCCGCCACUGAUAGUUGUUAAAAGUUGUUAAACCUGUGCAUAUGUAACAAAAAACGCCUUUUGUUUAUCGAUGUAUUGUGAAAAACGGAAGUUGUGCCCGCUCCUUUUCCUGUUGGACGGUUGUGAUUUCUGUCCAUUUACUGCGGAGGUGCUCCGGUGUCCGGCGAAAAUAAGAUCGAUUCUAUUUUUGCCGGACGCCGGAACAGAGGGCGGCGCACGGCGCCGCACUGCCGGAGCACAGCCGCAGUAGUGGAAUUGCUCUGAUUGACUACAACGGGACCGAUUUUGCUCCGGUGUUUGUGUCGGAGCGGAGCGCAGCAGAGCGGAGGUAGUGGAAUUUGGGGGUCACUCACUCACUCACUCACUCACUCACUCACACACACACACACACACACACACACACACACAUUAAUCAACAUUGUUUUGUUUAACUUUGUGUGGGAAAAUGCCAAGAACGUUAAGAAAAAAAUCAGUUUAAUCAAAUUAAAAUUAAAAAAUAUAUAUAAAGUUGUGUCUGGCUCUAGCAUUUCAUAUUUCCUAGUUCUUACUGCAUGAGUUCAGAUGUAUUAAUCCAUGCACUCAAAUAUUAAUGUUCUGAUUUUAUUGAAAAACUUGUUCUGUAAUAGUUCCUUUACUAUUGUGAUCAAAAAUAUUUAAUCUCAAUUCUGAGGCUGCUCUGUAAAUAGUUUUCAAAUAAACAAUACAAAUAGCAACUUCUGAUCAAUCCAUAUCAAUUUCAGACUUAAAAUAAUAUAUUGAUGUAAACCACGCCCACUUCCAGUUAAACCACGCCCACUUCCGGGUUAUGCCACGCCCAUUCCGAGUACAGAUACAGAUACAGAUAAUUUAGUUGGUUGAACAGAUACAGAUACAGAUAGUGGUGUACUCGCUCAUCCCUAGUGUUUACCAACAUUGGUUAUGUAUAUUACUGAUUGCAAAAACACCCCUAGGUCUUUUGUCUUGUCCUUUUAC